AAUCGGGGUCUUACUUCUUUAACAUUGCAAACUUAUUACUUUGUUAUUUACUUUUCAUAUCUCUCUCUCUCUUUUUUUAUUUUUUUUUUCUUAAAAAAAAAAUAUCAUCCAGAUUAAUUGAACUUUUGAAUUUAAAUAUUAGUCAUGUCUUUGAACGUUUCAGAUCCUGCCCUUGCUGAAGCCUAUGAAGAUGUCAGAGAUGACAAGACCGAAACUAACUGGGCUUUCUUUGACUUUGCUAAUGGUAAGCCAGACCGUCUUCAAGUGGCAGGCACAGGUAAUGGUGGAUUAGCUGAAUUUAUUGGUCAGUUAAAACCAGAAGUUGCUGGAUGGGGUUAUGUUCGUAUGAAUAUGAGUAAUGAUGAAUAUUCUCAACGUAUUAAAUUUGUUUUAAUCCCUUGGUGUGGUGAUAAAGUUGGUAUUAUGCGUAAAGCUAAACUAUCUAUUCAAAUUGCAGAUGUGAAGAAUGUUCUUCGUAAUUAUCACAUUGAGGUGCCUGCAUCUCAUAUUCAAGAUUUAAAUGAAGAUGAAAUUAUGACUAAACUUAGACGUGCUGGUGGUGCCAAUUAUGAUAGACAAUCAAGUAAUUAUUAGAAGACCUGUUUUAUAUAUAGAUAUUUAUACAUAUAUAUUUCCUUUUAUGUACAAAGAAAUAAAUAAAUC